AUGGACCCAGACGAAAGUAUCCCCGAGGCCCAACCAUCAGCAUUCAACUACGUCCUCUCCUUCCUCUUGGUCGGAGUAGCCUGGGGCUUCACAACCCCCUUUAUACGACGCGCAGCAGCAGACUUCAACGCGCGACAAGAGAAGCAAACCGCCAACACCACAUCACGAGGACGCUCACAUACAAACUCAUCGAACCAAUCACCCUCGCCCGACGCCGGAGUGGAGCAAGAAUUGCUCGAGCGCGACGACGAGAUACAAGAUGAGGGCGUGAGGAGGCGCAGUGCGAGUCGCCAGCGCGAGGAGGAACGUCGGGCGAGUGCGGAUGCCGGCGUCGCGCAGGAGGUUGAUGUGGAUGAUGCGCCUGCACCGGCUUGGAUGCAGUCAAAUAGGCGGUCAUGGCUCCGGACGAAGAUUGUGUCUGUGUUUUGGACGGUGGUUAAUUUGUUGCGGACGCCGGCGUACUCGAUUCCCCUGGUUAUUAAUUUGACUGGGAGUAUUUGGUUUUUCUUGUUAGUUGGCAAGCACGAGUUGUCUUUGACGGUUCCGCUGGCUAAUUCGAGUGCCUUCUUGUUUACGGUACUCGGGGAGUGGUAUGUUGAUCGCAAGGUUAUUGCGAAGGAGACGUGGCUGGGCCUGAUCCUGGUUUUGGGUGGCAUUGCGUUGUGUGUGCACUCUAAGAACCAGACGGGUUGA